GUGACUCUGCCCUUCCAUUUUUGUUCCGCACAGAAAAACAGAGCUCUUCGUCUUUCACAGAACAGGGGCGACCUGACCUUGUAAGAACACACACAGCCAUGGCAGGCAAGCUCAAAGUGUUUGCUCUUCUGCUCCUAUCAAUCGCCACCCUUCUUCAUGGCUCUUCCGCUCAAACCCGCUAUGUUGUCGGCGGCAACACCGGUUGGACUGUCCCUCCCGGCGGCGCGUCCACCUACAGCAACUGGGCUUCUAACCAGAAAUUCAAACAAGGCGACACUCUUGUGUUCAGCUUUACAACCGGGCAACAUGACGUAGCGAAGGUGACCAAGGCAGCUUUUGAUUCCUGCAACACUACGAACCCCAUUUCAAUUCUAAAUAACGGACCUGCAAGUGUCAAAUUGAACGAAAGUGGUGAACACUAUUAUAUUUGUACUGUUGGGCCUCACUGUUCUCUUGGCCAGAAACUCGCCGUUAAUGUUUCCAAACAAGCUUCUUCUCCUUCUGCUUCCCCUGCUCCUCAGCCCUCUGCUUCACCGGCGAAGUCUCCUGCGCCAGUGAAAGCUCCUUCACCAGCCCCAGCUUCAGCUCCGUCUCCUUCAUCUGGAGCUGUAACUUACACCGUCGGAGACAAAACCGGAUGGACCGUACCUUCCAGCCAGGCGUUUUAUAAGACCUGGACUUCUGGCAAGACCUUCAAAGUCGGCGACAUACUGGUGUUCAACUUCCAGAAGAACGCACACAAUGUGGCGGAGGUGACGAAGGCGAACUACGGCUCCUGCGGCACCGCAUCUCCUCUUAGGCUUUACAAUAGCCCACCGGUGAGAAUGACCCUGAACAAGUCCGGCGAGCAUUAUUUCAUCUGUGCGUUCCCCGGUCACUGCGCCGGCGGGCAAAAGCUGGCUAUCAACGUCACCGGCGCCUCCUCCCCAGCGACCUCUCCAUCUCCAAGUUCGCCGCCAUCUCCCACUGCUCCUGCCCCCGGAUCUCCCGCUUCUUCGCCCUCCGGUGGCGCCACAAACCCUUCAUCCCCAUCUCCCUCCGGUUCUUCCAGCCCAUCCUCGCCAAACUCCGGUGCGACGUCGUACAGAGUUGCCGGAUUACUCGCCACCCUUUUGUGGAUGGCUGCAGCAUUACUGUGUUAGAUAGAUGAUUAGAGAUUGUUGGUAGUGUAGAAUUUGAUGUGAUUCGUUGUGGAUCUUUGAUUGUUUUUACGGAGAUUGAGUCUUUUAUUGGAGUUUUACAAUAAAGUUGGAUUUUCCAUUCAUAUGCAGUUUUGUUUCACUAAUUUACACAUAAAGUUGUGGUUGUGGUUAUAGUAACUUGGACAAAUUUUAAUUUGAACUAGAACGUGGGAUGUUUAUUAGUUCGGAGUGAAUGUGCCUGUGAUUUACAAUUUAGUACAGGCUUUUAUUUGUUUUAUGUAGAUUCUUUUCUUGGUCAGAAAUAUAGAAUUACAGAUAA